UUCUUUAUAACCCUUUCCCUUCUUUUAUCCCAAGUAUUAUUUACAAAAGACUUGGAAGAACACACUACUCAUCUCUGCUUGUAGUCAUGGCUUCUUCUUCAUCUAUUAUUCCCAUAACUCCUAUUCAGCGAAAGUAUGAUGUUUUCAUUAGUUUCAGAGGGCGUCACAUUCGUGACAACUUUCUCAGUCAUCUACGUUCUGCCUUGUUCGGAGAAAAAAUUGUAAGUUUCGCUGAGGACAACAUUAGGAGAGGAGAUGAUAUUUCAAAGUCUCUUCGCAGGACGAUCAAGGAAUCACAAAUUUCCAUAAUUAUUUUCUCUAAGAAGUAUCCUUCUUCAAGAUGGUGCUUAGGUGAACUCGAGAAAAUCAUGAAGUGUAACAAAAAAAAUGGACAAUUUGUUAUACCGGUCUUCUUAAAAGUGAAGCCAACUGAUGUAGAAAACCAAACAGGAUGUUUUGGACAAGCUUUAGCUCAGUAUGAAGGUCAUCCAAAGAUACAAAUAUGGAGGGCUGCUUUUACAAAAGCUGCUAAUUUAGCUGGAUGGGAUUCAGAGGUCACAAGAUGGUGCUUAGAUGAACUCGUGAGAAUCAUGGAGUGUAGAAAAGAAAAUGGACAAAUUGUUAUACCAGUCUUCUACAAAGUGGAUCCAUCACAUGUGAGAAAACAAUCAGGCCCUUUUGGACAAGCUUUAGCUCAGUACGAAGGUCAUCCAAGGAUACAUAAAUGGAGAGAUGCGUUGACAGAAACCGCUAAUUUAUCAGGAUGGGAUUUACGGGUCACAGGACAUGAGGCUACGCUUAUUGAAAGUAUUGUGGCAGAUGCUUUGGGCAAGCUUUCCGACACUUCGUCAAGCAGAAACUAUUCCAAGGCAUACACUCAAGACAGAAAAUAGACAUGGUUGUUCAGUGGUUCAGCCUAACUCUCCUUGUGGUUAUCCGACCCAGUUCUCCUUGAACCAAGAUUGUGUGGAUGAUGUCCCAGUGUAGGGUAGGAAAAAGAAACGAAGCUAAAGGCAUUUCAGAUUUUUUUUUUAAAUUUCGUCUUUUUUGAGAAAAAUCGAGUCGAAAAAAGUAAGAGGACACCAGAGCUCGAUCUAGUUCUCCUCAUCUUUCUUUACAACUUCAAGAAUUUUGCCACCCUCGCUGGUCUCUUUCAUAUUUUUCAUGUUGUUAUGAUGAUCUUAUUAACCGUCAGCUUUUGCAUUAUUUUCAUGCUUUAUUUCACUUUACAGCUUGAAUGUCACUUUACUCAACUAGUCAUUAAGAAGGACAAUGAAAUGAAAUAGGGAAUUGAAAUUUUCAUUUUCGGAAUUGCA